AUGUGGUCGCGCGGAGGACUGUUUGUGCUCCUCAGGUAGUUCACUUUAUGCGUGUGAUUUUUCUGAGGCGGUUAUUAAUUAGUAAUUUCACAAUGUUUGCGUAUUACAGUGCUUUUACCAGACACGAACGGAAAAUCACUGAUUCAGACAAAAAGUUAUUUGCAAAGAUAUUCCGGAAAUGUGCUGGUGAUAACAAGGAGUAUCUCACACGAGAAGACCUGAAGGUAGCAGUGACCAUGUUAUUUGGUUAUAAACCAUCUAAGGUGGAAACUGACACAAUGAUGUCACCAGUCUUGCUGUGUAAUUCACCAGGCAUGACAGUGGAUGAUUUCAUCAAUGCAAUGAGUAUAAAAAUGGCAGCUCAGGAUCGUAAUGAAGAAAUAAGGCAGAUCUUCAGUGCUUUUGAUUUACAUUGCCGUGGGUUUUUGAAUUUUGAAGAUUUUAGAAAAGCUUUUCAUUGUGUGGCCCCACAUCUGCCAGAGCAAACAAUCAUUGAAGCAUUUAGGUCAUGGGAUGGAGAAGACAUGAGUUUGUCUUGAAUCCAGUAGUUUAUUAGUACCAGAUCUUCUUCACAGAGACUCGCAGUAGCAGACAGUCAUAAAGUUUGGGUUAAACCUGUCUUUUUGUCCUCAGCUUCUGGCCAGGAAUUGCAAAUGCAGUGGCUUUUUUCCCUUCCUCAAAGGUACCACUGUAGGUCUUAUUAGGAAAUUUAUGUAAUUGCGUUUCAUUUAUGGUGCCUUUUUAUUUAGACAAAGGUUUAUAAGGUCAGCAAUUGUAAUCAUGAGGACUCUUUGAAUUUCUUUGUACCCCCACCUCAACACAUCAGUUGUAAUGGUAUCAUAAACAUCACAGGAGAAAUGGACUCUAUCAGGUAUUUCUUCUUCAAAAAGAAAGCUUUCAGAAAUGCUGGAAGGAUUCCUAAAACAAUCGAAAACUUGUAGAAUAAGAAUUGAGACAAACUUGAAUUCUGCCACCAUUCCAUGGAUCUGCAGAGGUGCAGUGCAUGCUUGAUAAGAAUCCUUAUCUCUGAUUUCAGAUAAAUUUUUUCGGCUUUUAUUGCAUCUUUGGUGCCUCCAGAUACUUUAGCCUUACCAUAAAAGGGAUAUUGUUGGACAAAGAAGACAGCAGGACCUAUGCCUUCAGUACUUUGGCAGUGAGAGUUCAUAAUUGUUUAGUUAACAUGGUAUGCCUCUGUACAUUAAAAUCUAUUUAGAAUGUCACAGAUUCUUUUAUCAUUGUUACCACAGCAUGUUGCCAUGCACAUACUUGGCUGGUUAUCAUCAGAAAUUUUUUUCUAAAGGAAUAAAAGCUCAAAUGUUUGAUGCCUCA